AAAGUAAGAAGUUGAGAAAUGAAGUGAGAUGCCGAAAGUAGGACACACAUCACUCUUCGACUACAAGAACCGGAUAACGGACCUAGAAAGUGAAGUGAAUACUCUGAAGCGGCGUCUAGAUGAGCUACGGCGUGCUAAAGUGCAGGCGUUUUACAAGCAGAGACGUUCCUCUAAAUCAGACAUCCCAGAAGUGGAGCAGGUUCCCUGUAUGGGCGUACUGGAACAGAGGAUUACUCGACUACAGAACGAGUUGGAGUUAGCGGAGCUCAAAUACGUGAGGGACACUAAGGAGCUGAAGGAGACGAUAGAGCGGUUACAAGAGGAAAUGAACUCUGUGAAGGAGAACCACCAAGAGAUGUUAAACAAAAUGAACGACAAACACUUGUACGAGAUGGCGAAGUUAAAGCGGGGCCAUACGGAGGAGUUGGCACUGUACUCAGAGAAAAUAGAGCUGGAGAAAGAAGCUAGGGUGGGGGCGGAGAAGGAGCUGGUGGAGUAUAAGUGUAGGAUGAGGAGUGUCACUCUGCAGCUGCCUGAUGUAGAGGUGCUCAAGAGUGAGCUGACUCGGCUCCAGGACGCUUACUACUCCCUCAAGCUGCAACAUGAGAGUGAGGUUAGCAAGUUGGAGGAGAGAAUAGCAGUGCUCAUGUCUGACAUUGCUGCUCACGGUGAGAAAUCUAAACGAAGGUUUCAGCUUAUCCCAGAUAGGACUUACAUCGUUAAGAAAACUACGCCAACCGCUUCAUCAACCAGUAUUGGGUCUGCAUUAGAAAAAAACUCUCAAGCUGAAAACAACUCUAAUAAAUCUGCAGCUCGACCAAAAUCAGCCCUGAAAAAAUCAGAGGCAGACACCACAGAUAUAUCAGUUGUUAUGACGACCAUAAAACCAGUUACAAACACUGCCAGGCCCACUAUUUCAAAUUUUCAGGCCUACAACACUCGGGUAGAAACGAUUGACAGGCCCAAGAGCACAACAACCAUUAGACCCAAAUCUAGCUUGAUUCGGAAGACUCAUCAGCCAGUCCCGCCAGAUAAGAUAACCCGGCCCAAGUCUUGUUGGAGUGAUCAGCGGGGCUCAUCUAGCACUGAAAAGCGUGUCACAAGUUCUACUGUGUCAGGGAGGUUUGGAAAUGUCAGCAGUAAAAUAGACACGGGUCGGGGGGAGCCCCACUUACUGCCUAGGGAGUCCAAACACAGACCGUCUAGGAACGGUUCUCCCUGGCAAACGGUUAAUGUGAGGACUACUCGCAGUUAUGUAGCUAGAAGUAGCAAAUUCUAAUGGUACAGUUCACAUUUAAAGUUUCAGAUAUGUUAUUGUUUUCAUAGUUUGAACAUUCCCUGAGUGACAUGAAACGAGAAAAAUUAUCCAAGGAGUUAAUUUUUAAUUGAAUUGUGUUAUCGUUAUAAUUUUUGUAUUUUAUCAAAUACAGUUAAAGGUUCUAAA